AUUGAGGUCAGUGGCACACGUGACUGGCGCUGUCCAGUUGGAUGCUCUGUUGACUAGCGGAGCCUGACAAUCACACGAUAUGCAUCUGCUAUUAACGUGAAUUCCUCUCCUUGGAUUAAAAUAUAUAGCCUAGCCUCGGCGUGAUCAUGGGACAGUGUGGUGUUAUUUCUUCGAAGACGGUCUUAGUCUUCCUAAAUUUGAUUUUUUGGGCUGCCGCAGGUAUACUGUGCUACAUUGGGGCCUACGUUUUCAUAACGUAUGAUGAUUAUGAUCAUUUUUUUGAGGAUAUCUACACUUUCAUCCCAGCCAUGGUGAUAAUCGCUGUGGGCACGCUUCUUUUUGUCAUUGGUUUCAUUGGAUGCUGUGCCACCAUUCGAGAAAGCCGUUGUGGCCUGGUCACGUUCUCAGCAGUGCUCCUACUGGUGUUUGCCACAGAGGUGGUUGUAGUGGUGCUUGGCUAUAUUUACAGAGCCAAGGUCGAGGCUGUGGUGAAUCACUCUAUUCAGAAAGUAUAUAAUGAAUAUAAAGGCACCAACACAGACGCUCCCAGCAGGGCCAUCGACUAUGUCCAGAGACAGCUCCACUGUUGUGGCAUUCAUAACUACUCUGAUUGGAUGAACACUCACUGGUUUAUUGAGUCCAAAAAUAACAGCGUUCCAGUGAGCUGCUGCAAGCCCACCAUCAGUAAUUGCACUGGGACGUUAAUGCGACCAGGAGACCUCUACCCAGAGGGCUGUGAAGUUCUUGUAGUAAAGAAACUCAAGGACAUUAUGCUGUAUGUCAUACUGGCAGCAUUAACGUUCGCUACCAUACAGAUGCUUGGGCUGCUGUGUGCGUGUGUGGUCAUUUGCCGCAGAGGUUAUGACCCUGCCUAUGAACUGCUUGUCAGCACAGGUAUAGAUGCCUGAGUGGCACCGCAUGGCAUCAUGGGAACGGCUGGUCCUCCCAGCCAGUGUACUGUACAUAUUUAGACUGAAUCAGGCUACCACUUUUCUACACUAAUAUUAAAACCAGUUUCAAUACUUUUGUUUGACAUAAAAUUAAAGCUUUGACAGCUUAAAUAGCCACACACUGCUUUAGCUGUGAAGAAAACGUUCCUAAAAAAUGUUCCUAGAAGACGUAUUUAAUUGUUUCUUUAUUUAUAGCACUACUGAUAUUUGUUAGAAUCUGAUGAGCAUAAAAUGAUCAUUAUAUUGUAAAUAUUUUACAUUUAAUUGAUUUCAUGUGUCAUGGUAAUGUGAUAUUAUGUGUUAUUAUGUAAGUGGUUGUUAGGCCAAAGACUGAAGUCACUGGUUGACGUAGUUCAGAUAUUUUCCCUUAUUUACAGUAUGUGUUGUAGAAGUAAUCCUUCUGAGUUAUAAGGAAGAAGAAAGAUUGUUUUAAAUUUAAAUUAUUUUCUCACAACUUUCCUUGCUUCUCAUUUCGAGCUUAUCUUUAGAGAAAUAUUGAUACAAAGGGUUUAAACUAAAUCAUUACUUUUAACUCUUGCAGCAGUAUUAAACUUGCAAUUAACAACAAGGUUACAUUACAUAAAGCAUGAAUUACACUAUCAGUCAAGUAUUUGGCAGUAAAACAAUCAAAAGCGCAAGUCUAACAAAAUAAUUUAGUAUAUUUCAAAUAUAGAACUCAGCAUUUGAAAAUUCUCUAAAAUCAGUUUGUUAUAAAAAGGCAUUUUCUUUCCCUGGAAACUUUUAUUUCAUAAAAUGGUUGUGCAAUGCCUGGGACCAAGAAAAAAAAAUAUAUUCUCUCUCAUCGUUCCAUGCGUGGCACUGCUGUUUGUCACUCUAAUGGAAGUGUUACUCUUAAAAGGUCAUUGACAUGAAUGCUCAUAUAAUAAAUUGUUCACUGUAGCAUGAAAACACUUCAUGUUUUCACAUUAUUUGAUAAAUUCAUGCUUUUCAUUUCUCCCAGCAGAAGUAUAUCAAUGACUAAUGCAAAGUACCUACUGUAAAGUAUGUUGAUCUCGGUC